UUAAACUGGGUUGGUUGCAGGUCUGCUGAAGGAGGUGCAGCAGCAGCGGGGGGGGCUGCUCCAGAGGGGGCCCCUCCUACGGGGGAGAAUGGCGAGAUCGUGGGAGGACCCCGAGGACCCCAGCAGGUGGCAGCACAGAAACGACUUCAACAGACCCAGGCGCAAGUCGAUGAGGUUGUGGACAUCAUGCGGACAAACGUGGAAAAGGUCCUCGAAAGGGAUCAGAAACUAUCUGAGCUGGAUGAUCGUGCAGAUGCCCUUCAGCAGGGAGCCUCACAGUUUGAGCAGCAGGCUGGAAAACUAAAGAGGAAAAUGUGGUGGAAGAACAUUAAGAUGAUGAUCAUUAUGGGAGUCAUCGGUCUAAUUGUCCUCAUCAUCAUUGUUGUUUGGGCCACGAGCAGCUCCGAGUGAAGAUCAACAGCCACCGUACCAAGCCAAGGAGAACUUAAUGCUGAAACCAUGGAAUGAAUGUACAAUAUUAGGUUUUGGUUGAUUGCCGCUAUGUACAUAAUAGGGAGCCUCUAUGUCAACCUUUGUAUCAGUGUAGUGGUGGAAGUAUCAGAUAAGGAUGUUCACUAAAUGGCUAGUAUGUUAUCAGCAGAUUCAAUAUUUCAAACUUAGAUCAAGCAGUUAAUCUUUUUAAUAUUUUCUGCAUCAUGGAGGUAGGAAUAUAGCGACAGUUUUGUCUCAUAAAAAGCAGACAUACCUAUUGUAUUUCAUUUUUCAUUAUGAAUAUCUCCCUAGUCAUUUGGAACUGAUAUAUAAAUAUAUGAAUAUAUAUAUAUACUUCAUUUGAUUAAUUAUCCUGAUGCCUUUCUGUAAUAUUUUAUAUGUAAAGGGCAUUUCCAGAUUGUGCAGUGGUUAUCAUGUUAUACAGCUUUGUCACCCUCCUGGAACAGCCCUUGGUGCAUCAUUCCUCAAGUUUGUGUGUACCAAUUUUAAUGUUUUCCACUCAUUUGGCAAAGGGAAGAUCUUCAGCUUCAGUCACCGUAACCAAAGAGAGGAAGGACCAGUGGCCGGUGCCCCCCACGGCGCAUGAUUGGCCCAAUCUUACUGACGCCGUUCCUUUGCGAUGGUUGGAAUAUGUGCCUUCCGCAGUUGCUUGUAAAUUGUUACAAGUCCACAGGUCCUUCCUCUCUGGUUAAUUUAUUUUUAGGUGCAUAGACCAAAUGUAUCUUUACUUAUUGAUUAGGGGAUUCAGACUUGGAUAAAAGUGAAUGUGGAAUUGUAUUAUAAUAACCUAAAGAUGUUAAGAAUUGUUAGAGAUGUGUGAAUAAUAGGCUAUAUAUAACCACAUGUUUGAAUCCAGAAGCCUAAUGAUUAUAAACACUAUUAUAAAUUCUUUAGAGUCCAACAUAUCUACUGCUCUGUAGCAAUGUAUCUAAAGGAAUAUCACUCUGUUAAACGUGAAAUAUAGUGUGUUUAUGUCA